AGCAGCUAUGAAUGAAUAGGAACGCAUUACGAUACGAGAACCGGUGAACUAGGCACUGCUACUCCAGGCUGGUGGUCUUCCUUUGAAAUCCAAGCCGGUAGUUCGUUGUGAGCCACGCAGAGAUUUCCCAGCGAGGGCGGAAGUGCAUCUUCGAACCCCUGAGUUUGUGUGCGUUUGUAUUCAUGCAGGCCAAAGGUGGUGAUUAAGUGCCCGGCCGAUAACAUUGCUGUUAACUAGUACCUGCUGCUAUCAGAGAGAUCUCCUGUCCGGUACCUGUUGAGAGAAGGUGACCGAAAUGUCGCACGACAUGCUGAACAUCGUUGUGGUGGGAGAUGGUACUGUCGGGAAGACUUGUCUGCUGCAUGCCUACACGGAUGAAAGCUUCAAGAAUUUCUAUCAGCCAACCAUAUACGACAAAGAAUCGAUAGAAAUGACCUUGGACGGACAGCGGCACACGAUACAGCUACACGACACAGCCGGUCAGGAAGAUUAUGAUCGUAUACGUCAACAGUUUUAUAAGAAGGCUCAUUGUUUUAUGCUUUGCUACAGUAUUGAUAAACGGGUCACAUAUGAAAAUAUCACAUCGAAAUGGAUCCCAGAACUAACCGCAGAGAAACGAAUUCCGAUUGUGUUAAUAGCCACGAAAUUGGAUCUCCGCAAAGACAUAAACACCGAGGUCAGCACGGCCCAAGGAGAAAGGCUCAAACGUACGAUCAACGCUAACUCGUUUGUGGAGUGUUCGGCGAAACAAAACAUAAACGUGAAGCUUGCCGUGGAAGAAGCCGUCCGAGCGUGCUUCCAGGGUGUACCUGAGCCGGAAAAGGAAGACCGGUGCUGCGGGCUGUGUUCCAUAUCAUAGGUUAAGGAGUUCUUAUGUUGUUCUAGUGAUAACUUGGGAAGCGGAAUCGUGAUGUUUUGUAUUAUGUUUAAUUGUUCAUUUAAUUUUAUUGUUUUGUAUUCACAAACAGCUACCUUGCCCUGUUUGAUAGUUUUGCCUUUCUCGUACACCAAGGUGUACCGAAAGGCUAUAUGUUCACUCCAAAAACGAAAAUUUGAUAGAGCCUCCGGAGGGGUCAAGUGUUAUAUACCAAUCGACUCAGCUCGACGAGUUGAGAUGAUGUCUGUGUGUGUAUGUGUGUGUGUGUGUAUGUAUGUGUGUGCGUAUGUGUGUGUGUGUGUGUACAAAAAAGGUCACCUAACUUUUAGAUAGUAAACAUCAACCGAUUUUAACGACCGACGGUUCAUUCGACGCGGAAUCUGGUCCCAUUGUUUCCUAUUGAAAAUGGUCCGGAUCGGUCCAGCCGUUCCGGAGUUAUGGCCAUUUAGGUGUUCCGGAUCGGUACCCCAGGAAGCGGCCAGAUAUGAAAAUGCAACAAACCCAGGCAUGCGACCCACCAAACCACGGCAUUUUCGAUUAUUUGAUGAACGGGAAGUAGGAAAAUAGUCUCAGACUAUAUCUGAACCGGUAGUGUUCCGGAACCGGUUCCGGGUGUCCUGCCGGAAGUGGGCAAUAAAAAAAUUGAGCCAAACCCAUGCAUGCGACGCAUCAAAGAGCGGCUUUUUCGAUAAACAGAUGAACGGUAAGCAGGAAAAUAGUUUAAUACCUUAUCUGAACCGGUUGUGUCCCGAAACCGGUUCCAGGUGUCCCGCCGGAAGUGGCCAAAUAUAAAAUUGAACAUAACCCAUGCAUGCGACACAUCAAAGAGCGGCUUUUGCGAUAACCAGUUGAAUGGUAAGCAGGAAAGUAGUUUCAGACCAUAUUUGAACCGGUAGUGUUCCGGAACUGGUUCCGGGUGUCCUGCCGGAAGUGGCCAAUAAAAAAAUUGAGCCAAACCCAUGCAUGCGACGCAUCAAAGAGCGGCUUUUUCGAUAAGCAGAUGAACGGUAAGCAGGAAAAUAGUUUAAUACCUUAUCUGAACCGGUUGUGUCCCGAAACCGGUUCCAGGUGUCCCGCCGGAAGUGGCCAAAUAUAAAAGUGAACAUAACCCAUGCAUGCGACACAUCAAAGAGCGGCUUUUGCGAUAACCAGUUGAAUGGUAAGCAGGAAAGUAGUUUCAGACCAUAUUUGAACCGGUAGAGUUCCGGAACCGGUUCCGGGUGUCCUGCCGGAAGUGGCCAAUAAAAAAAAUUGAGCCAAACCCAUGCAUGCGACGCAUCAAAGAGCGGCUUUUUCGAUAAGCAGAUGAACGGUAAGCAGGAAAAUAGUUUCAUACCGUAUUUGAACCGGUUGUGUUCCGGAACCGGUUCCAGGUGUACCGUCGGAAGCGACCAAUUAAAAAACUGAACUAAACCUAUGCAUGCGACACACCAAAUAGCGGCUUUAUCGAUAACCGGAUGAACGGUAAGCAGGAAAAUAGUUUCAGAUCAUAUCUGAACCGCUUAUAUAUUAAACUGACGAAGUUGAAGGGGUAAAUUAAAUUGAAUGCAUCUGACGAUGACCGAAGAAUAGUAGGUCGAAACGCUUAACAAGCUGUUUCCGAUAUUUGUCACCGAUAAUUACCAAUCAAUCCACAAAUAACAUAUCUGAAUCGGUUGUGUUCCGGAACCGGUUUCAGGUGUCCCGCCGGCCAGUUAAAAAGGUGAACCAAACCCAUGCAUAUUUAUAAAACAUCAAAUCAUCAAAAACGUUGGAUAACCAGAUAAAAGGGCAGCAAGAAAAUAGUCUCUGAUCACACCUAAGAUUGCCAGCAGUGUUGCAGAAUCAGGAUUGGAUGCAUCGCUGAAAUUACGAGGGUGAACAAAAUCAAUGCAAGCGAUAAAUAUGCGUAAAAGAACAAAAUCUUAACAAAAAUUGAAGCGUUCUUGUCAAAUCACACCAUUUUACAUUCCUGAGACGUAAUUAUACAGUAGGAUGAAUCAACGUUGUAUGGAGAAAUUUUUCAUUUUGAGGAAGGGCACAAAUAAAUAGGGGAAAUCGGGGUAUAUCCCUUUUUAUACCGACACCCCUUUUUUUACCGAAACCAUUGACUUUUCUGCUAAACUUUUAAUGCAUAAGUAUAAAGGAACAAGUCAUCGUUCUAUUUUUCAAAGGUACCAUUCAUAUGCCUCCGAAAUAACCUAAAUAUCAUUGAAAUUGAAAUAUGUUUUUCAUAUGGUGAAAUUCUUAUAAUUUCAAAGCAGCAGAAAAUAAGGUAUUACGAGUGUUUGAGCGUGUCCACCAUAAAAACAAGUGAAUUGCUACCUUUUCUGCAUGUAUACGUAGAUUUAGCAAUGGAUAAAUUAUUUUAUUUGUGAUUAGCAUUUACUCGAAAUAUAAAUUUCAAUGUUGUAGUCGAUUUGGGGCGAAAUGAACUCUGGCAAUUACAAAUAGAUGUUGUACACGCAUUGCAUACUGUUAGACGUAUAAAAGUGUUUGAAAAAAAAUCAAUUGGAUUAUUUUAGCCAGAAGUUUUAUUAAUUAACUUUGAUGUUAUGUUAACUCGAUGGGUGUCCAUUUCGCCCCGUAUCUUCUCUGCCAGCCCUAAAAAACACACGAUUUACAUUUCAUUAUUUCUUCACAAUAAAUACAUUCUACCUGUUGUAAAUGAUUGAAAUACGUAGGAAACAAACUAAAGUUGUAAGCCAACUGAUAAUAUGUUAAGGUUUUCUCUGUUAUGCAGGUCUAACGUACUCAUUUGCUUAGGGUGUCCAUUAUGCCCCUAAUCCCCCUUAACCAAUACAUUUUAAAAUUUUAAAGUGAAAUUAGAGUCCUCCAGAAAAUUUAUUACCAAACCCGAUGAGUUAAGCGGAUUUGCUCAUUGUUUGGGUAUUUUUUCAUCAAAUACAUUAAUUAUUUAUCAACCCUACUCCCCCAUUGAUAAGUCAACGAGCACUGUGACAAAAAUAGAAAAUAUGAUUUGUUCAGGAACACUUCGGUUUAUGGCUCUUGAGUACUAUUCGACGAGAGUAGUAGUAGUAUUCGACGAGAAAGGCACUAUCACCACUAGGUGGAUUAAUCUGGGUUUUUUUUUUAUAAAGUUAAGAACACAUACGCUAGAAAAAACGUAAAUAAACUAACGAUAACACGACAA